GAGAAACAGAAGAGGAAAAGGAAUCCAUGGCGGCGACGCUGGCGAGGAGGGCGGGGCGCUCCGCGGCGACGACGCUAUGGGGCGCGGCGAGGGGCUUCGCAUCGGUGGGGUCCGACAUCGUCUCUGCGGCUCCCGGCGUGUCGCUGCAGAAGGCGCGGUCCUGGGACGAGGGCGUCGCCACCAAGUUCUCUACCACGCCUCUCAAGGACAUCUUCUACGGGAAGAAGGUGGUCAUCUUCGGCUUGCCCGGUGCAUAUACAGGGGUUUGUUCACAAGCGCACGUUCCUAGUUACAAGAAGAAUAUUGACAAGUUGAAAGCAAAAGGAAUCGACUCUGUUAUCUGUGUAGCUGUGAAUGAUCCGUAUGUCCUGGAUGGAUGGGCAAAAAAGCUAGACGCUAAAGAUACAAUUGAGUUCUAUGGUGACUUUGAUGGGAGUUUCCACAAAAGCUUGGAUUUGGAGAUAGACCUUUCUGCUGCUUUGCUUGGCCGCCGUUCUCACAGGUGGUCCGCCUUUGUUGACGAUGGUAAGAUCAAGUCUUUCAAUGUUGAGGAAGCACCGUCCGACUUUAAGGUUUCUGGUGCGGAGGUGAUCUUGGACCAGAUCUGAGCUCCUCAAUGAACUUCGGCCAUCUUCAGUUUGUGCGGCAUACUUCCUCUGCAGCAGCCGAAUAAAAUUAAAUCUCUUACGACCCGUGUAAGAUGUUAAAGAUACGAUGCGCCCCAGACUGUAUGGCCUCGGCCUCGGUUUUUCUGGAAUGAAUUGAUCAGUGUUCACUGUGUGCGUU